AUGGCUUCGAUCGCGUCGCUCUCGCGUCUGCCUCGGCUGGCGCUUUUGGCGCUCGUCUCCGUUAUCGCAAUCUUUGCCGCGACUCUCCUCCCCACAGGCGACGCAAUCCGCGUGGCCUCGUCGUCCGAUCCGACCAUCCUCAAGUCGCAGCUGGACGUUCUCCGUCAGCUCGGCGCGCAGUCGGGCAAGGACUUUGUGUUCAAGUCGUGGACGGCGAGCGGCGCGCCCGACAAGUGCUCCAAGUACCGCGGCGUGACGUGCGACGCCGAGGGCAAGAUCGUCGCCAUCAACGCCACGUCUGCCAAUCUCGUGGGGCCCAUCGACGCGCUCUCCACGCUCGACCAGCUGCAACGCCUCUCCAACGCCUACCCCCCUGCGUUGUCGCCUCCUCCCUUCCCUCCCACCGUUCCCUCUUCGCUCCCUCCCAAUCCCCGCCACUCCCCGCCACUCCCCACCGCUCUCCGCCGCUCCUCGCCACUCCUCACCGCUCCCCGCCCGUCGUCUUCCCCUCGCCCCAACACUUUACGCGACAGCGAUCUGAGUUCCAACAGCGAGGUGAAGGCGCUGCCGCAGUCGUUCACCAAGCUCAAGAAGCUCAGCCACCUGAGCAUUGGUGGUAACCCGCUAGAAGGUGCUGUGCCAGCCAGCUUCGGCAGCCUUGUCAAUCUCGUCUCUCUCUAUCUGCGCAACAACCGCUUCAACGGGCCACUUCCAGACUUCAUUGGCUCUUUCACCAACCUGGAGCAGCUGUGA